AUGACAGAGGGAAAAAUUGAGGAACUGGAGAGUAGGAGCCGCGCACAAAUCGGUACUUUUAAAGUAGCACUACAUAAUCUUCGCUACCCGGGUUAUGGCGAUCACAUUCGCCUGGAGAACGAGAGGAAUGUGCAAAGGCUAGUGGAAUGUCUUCACCUAGAUAACCGGCUGGAUCCCGAAAACUAUAUUAAGGCCCUGAUUCCUUCUUUGGUGGCUAAAGAAGCCCUGGCGAGAUCUGGGAUUUCCGAGGCAGAUUUGAAUUCUUUUGACCCGCCUUUCCUUCAGCUUAAAGAUGACGAAUUCCUCACUUGUACAGAAGGCCAACACCGCCUAAAGGCGGCGAGAGAGUUAUACUCUGACCGUCCAGCAGAGGAGCGUUGGUGGGUUGUAAUUCUCUAUAACGAAGACGGCCUCUCUGAUCACGUGCGGGAUCGGAUGUGGUUUUGCCACGACAACUCAGAGAAACUAUUCGACGGGGAGAUAGUCUGGAACAUCCUAAGAUGCCAGGAAUUAGGGAAUACGGAUGUCGGAAGGUGGCGUCUUCUGCUCUCGAGCUCGAAGCGCAGAGACUUAAAUCGCCUUCAAACCCUUGAGAGGUUCUCGGUGUUAUGGAAGGCGCUUGAAAAGCUAACGCCGUUUCGCGGGCUAUGGGCGGUAAAGUUCUUUGCAAGCUCGCGUCGCAUAUUUAGGAUGAUCAAUCCGGAGGUCAGUCACAUCAUUGCCGACAAUCUACUAUCUCUUUUUAGGAGGAUUCCUGAAUCUUUGCAGGAGUUGGCCGCUGGCGUUCUACAUAUCGUACAUGUGUGGACAGACAUAUGUGGCGGGGCUGACCAAGGCAAGUACCUCGACCCGGGUACUGUUAGAGAACUCCAGGGCCGGUCCCCCCGAGGGUCUAUCACCGACAGAAGAUACAUCAAAAGCAUGUUCAAGGUCGGGAAGCUGUUCAAGAAUAUAGCAAGCCAGAAAAAGCGACAGGAGAUGGUGAAGCGCGCGCUAAACAUUAGCACAAUUAUAUCCUCGCUAGAGACGUUUCAAGAAAACACAAAGCUUCUCGAACCGCCAGCACUCGCCCUUCGAUGCCUCCUCCCGAGCAGGCUGGGGGGGACUCUCCUCUCCACGUUUCGGCGGCAUCACCGCCAAAGUAACGUUGGGCCAGAAUUUCAGGUGGCCUACCGCCGACUGUGGCUCUUCGCGCUACGCCACUUCCCGUCGCUAACUGAUAAGACGCCUCUGCGAGACAAUACACCGCCGAAGGACACUGACUACCUUCCUGACGCGUGGAUCAAGUUUGCACGGCUCGCUAGGGACGAAGGAUUUAACUCUCGGGAGAUAUCAGAAUAUUUGAGCAGCAUGCCCGCUGGUAAGAGAACGGCUUCAGGUCCGAGACCCUUUGCACGUGGUUGCGCGAAAUCACCCCAAGGUCGGUGGUCGAAAAGUCUGAACUGUGGGACGCCAUACUGGUCGGCCUUUAGGGAAGCCUUCUCAGACCUUACCCUAGAGAAAAUCUACAACGAGCCCGAUCCGUCCCCUGAGCUCACUCUAUCGGCAUUUAGCGUUGUUAGAAGCAUAUUCUUGGCAUUUCUGGGUUCAAACACGUCUUCGGAUUCAGAUAUACUGCCGCGUGAGGACUUGAGCAUGUGUAGUACAUCGGCCUUCUCUGGAACACCUCUGUCUGUGUCGGGGCAGGUGGGAAUAUCUGAUUACCUCGCAAUAGCUAGGCGGCCGAUGGAUAUGGGGGGAGACGAGGAGAUGCCAGAUCAGCUGGCCGUAGAUGAUUAUCGGGAGACUACCGCUUACCUCGCUCUAGAUCGGCCAACUGUGGAUAAGGAGGGGGAUGAGCAAAUGAAAGAUCAGCCAACUGUGGAUAAGGACGGGGAUGUACAAAUACUGUCCGAUACCAGGCAGCCAGGAGAUCGAAUUCCCAAGGCAAUAAACCUGGAGAUGAUAGCAUCCACGCUACGGCCAGAAUCUCAGCUUAUCCCUCCAGGCCCUGUUUUAGCAGCCCCGACCGAGCAACAGAUCCUUCCGCUUCCUGAAACCUCGCUGAACGAUAUGGCUUUGGCCCCUCUAAAUUCUACGACACCUCAUCUACCGACGUUGUCCGAUGGCGCACAGGAAACUGGGUUCCAAACCCCAAAUAUCCUACUUCAUGAUACCGAGCUAAGGGACAUCCCUACCGAAAUGUAUAAGUAUGCUAUAUACCGUAUAAAGGAAAAGAAUAUUGUACAUUUUCCAGAGCCCAACUCAGAGAAGCGAGUCAACGACUUUCUACGCAAUAAUGAAAGGAUGUGGUACGCUUUAAUUAUUCACGGGGAAGUCUUGAAACUUAUUGAUAUCCGCGAAGUCUUUGGCCAUAUGAGUAAUGGACUUAUUGUUUGUGGGUACGAUAACAACGAUAAAGUAGCUGCAGAGCAAAGUUUGGAGUUGUAG